UCUUUAAGAGGCUGUAUGGUCUGCUGACCAAAUGCUAGAGCCAAGCAACUCAGGAGAGCUGUAUGCAUGCAUAUUUAUUGCUUCUGAUUCUUCUGUUUGGACAAAGAAGAUGUGUGAGCUGAAACAUGCUGGUAAAUCUGGUAUGAGUGUUGGGAGUAAAGUCUCCUUCAAGCUCCCAGUCCAGCUCAUUGAUGAACAGGGGCAGCAGAUGAUCAUGGGAGAGCAGGAGUACAGUGGGACAGUCCUUUUUCACUCACCUGGUCUGACUCACUGCAAGGAAAAAGAAAAAAUCUUUUGCAAACUCAUUGCUGAAAAGAAAGGCAUAUCUGGGAGUGAUAUCUUGGAUCUCCUGCUGAAAGAAGAAAGAGAAAAUGGCAGAAAUAUAGGUAAAACACUUUACAUGGAUUGCAAUGUCCAAUCAUUCCCAGUCAGCAAAACAACUGAGGAUGAUGUCUGCCUGAGCAGCAAAAGAAGGAAAAUGUGUGCAACUCAGAACCUUCCUUCCACAGCCGCUGGUCUAGUAUCAACCGCACCUGCUCAAUUCCAUGCCAUCUACAGCUUGCCAUCUGUGUCGGUGAAGUCAGAGCUGGCAGGAGAGUUAAGACAAAGAUCUGCUUUGGAAGACAAUUGCUUUCAGCUGUCAUGGGAGGCGCUCCAGCUGGAAGAGGAUGAAGACAUGGGGGAGGGGGAUGAGGAGUGCAGUGAGGAAGAAAGCCCAUUUGCUGUUCUUGAAAAACUGAUAAAGGAAAAUCAAAUGCUACGAAAAGAAAAUGCACAUUUGAAACAGAUGCUGCUAGCAGCCCAGAAUUCAGCACCAUUCAGGUUGUUCUCUCAAGAAACACGUGAUUCAGCUGCCUAUUACCUGCGGUUGGUCCUGGAAAACUUAGAAAGAACAGUUACAAUGGAUUCUUCUCCUUCACCUCAGGCAGUGGGAAGCAAAAAUUCUACCACAACAGUCAAUAAGGAUAAAUACUUUAAGCCUUUGAUCAUUGAUCCUGAUAACCCAGAGAGAUACUCGCAGGUGCUUGUGGACCCCAACAAACUAUACAAUGUGGUGAAAAAAGCACGAGAGCAGAAAUCCCACCAGGAAGUUAGCCUGUUGAAUGGACUCAUAGAUCUCGUGUUCAGCACUCAGGAGCUAGCAGUAGCCCGCGGGCUGGGGCUGAAAGGGAAGGAUAAAGAAGAAAAGGCCCUCAACAGAGUAAAAGUAUCAGCCUGUGAAGCUUUUUUAAGACAAACAUGCACUGCAGAAGGCUGGAAAGAGCUGAGCCAGGUUGAAUUCCGAAGAAAAUUCACAGCAAAGAUUUGCAAUGCCCGGCGGGAUCUGAAAAACUCCAUACAAAAAUCCUCUUGAAAACACCCUACCUCUGAGGUCUAUGGGACUUUGAUAUGUAACUCCAGAUAAUCUAAUGAGGAUCCUCUGACUGCAUUUUCACAUGACAUGUUAAGAAACUUGGUACUUCUGCUGAAUAACUUGAAAAAGUCAAUUAUGAAACAAUCUAAGGGAUUUUUGGGCCAUGAGUCUGUCUCAACGAAACUAACCAUAUCAUUCUGCAUAUAGAGUGCCUCAAGCAUGGAUAUGAAUGAGGAAACUAUGCAUUAGAGAGAGCGGGUUUUUUUUUACUACCUGCUGUUACAUUUAUUUUUAAAGUGGUGUUGGGAUAGUAAAUUUGAACAAAAGCAUUGUGUUUCUUUAGCUAGUUAUUGUCAUCCUUUACAAUGUGUUCUCUGUUGUGUCUGAGGAUAACUUUGCAUGAUAGGGUGCCUUGUUCUUAGCACUUUGAGUGUUGGGGUUUUGCUCUGCAGUCCUGCAGCCUGUAUAUAUUGCUCAUGAAACUCGACUGUAACUGCAGACACCAAUUACAUGCUAGAAAUCAUCACCUGAGAAAAUGAGUGAUUAAAAAUAAAAUCUCUGUGAUAAACUUUA